GUUGCUUCCAGUUAUUUAUAGUAUUGAAACUGAACUCAAUAAGUUUAUUGAUGCUAAAACCCAAGAUAGUGCUGACACUAGCAUAAUAUUUGCUCGAAAUCUGUUAAAAGAAGUUCAAGAUCGUUUCAGAGCUUAUAAAAAUGAUGAUGUGUACAUUCUUGCUAUGGCAGUCGAUCCCAGAUAUAGAUUGGCAAUAUUAACAGAUCCUGCAGAAGUUGAAUCAGCUACCAAGAAGUUGAAGAAAGAGGUUCAUAAAGCAUACCACAAAUCAGUUAAAACAAACACAAGUACUCAAAUUGCUUCAGAUCCUAAAUUAAAUCAACCGCAAGUAUCAGGAUGUCAACAGUCUAUGAUAACCGAAAGUAGUACUGAAACUACUUCAGUUUGCCAGUCCUCAUCAAAUUCUGUUUGGGAUGCGGUUCGAGAGAGAUCCAUUAUUUACAAUUUACGCUGUGAUUUUAUGGAUAUGCAGGAGAUUUUAGACAUAGAGGUUGAUAGCUUUCUUCAUACUAAAAAUAUUGAUGUUUUUAAUGAUCCCACAAAGUGGUGGCGUGAGAAUAUCUCUACCUUUAGACACGUUGGGAUUGUUGCACGGCAUUAUUUGGGGCUUGCGGCAACUGAAGUUUCGAGUGAAAGGCUUUUUUCACAUGCAGGUGCAAUAGUAACUAAUCGUAGAAAAAAUUUGACAACAGAGCAUGUUGAGCAGUUGGUAUUUCUCCAUGACAAUCUUUAAUCUCUGAUUCUAACUGUUUAGCUGGUUUAACAUUCUUUUUUUUUACUUAAGAUUAAUAUAAGUUACAUGUUACAUAUGGUUUUUGUCAUUUUUGGUAUUCUCGGCUUUGAUCCUUAUUUCUGAGUCUGACCUUACUUCUUAUUUCAAGAUUCUUAUAUAAUAAUUUUUAGAUUGUACUUUAUGUGU